UUCAGAUUGAUUUCCUCUUCACUCCGAUAUCAACUAUUAACAUAACCACUAAACAUUAAGCCAUGGACAGAACGGAUGAUGAGUGUGAUGAUUAUGUUUCCCCGGAAACUAUGGAGGACAUCCUGGCAAUCAAAAUGGAUAUGUUUCGGGAAACGAUGUACGAGGACAUAAGACAUUUGAUAAGGGAUGAAAUGAGAAACUACGAGGAAACUACCGAAAAACUGAUUGAAACUGUAAAAACAGACCUAAAGGAGGAAGUCAACAAAGCUUCGUCAACGCAAACGACGGAAGUAGCAAGAGUAGUCAAAGAAACCAUUAAAAAUGGUUCCUUCCAUUUCUUAUCUGGUGAUGACAUACCUCCCACUAUCGAAUUACUGCACGCUCUCGACACCAGCCAACCUCAGCUGAUCCCGUUUCAACAGGUGGUUGACGUACAUGUCACCAAUUUGGAAGACAAAAACACUCAAGAACAACCUGGCGUUUCGCAAGAUACAAGGAUUUUCAACGUUCCAUCAACAUCAACGGCAAUUAACGAACACGUGCAGGACAGUGACAGCGAUGUGUGUCUUGACAAAAGUAAACGCCUAAAGACUAAGCAUGCUAGAAAACGAUAUAGCUGGAACGAGAACCGAGACGGGGAAAACUUCAUAAACGAAAUGAUGGAAGGAAAAGGGAACUCGCGAUCCAGAUCGCUGAAGCUGUCAAUCUUUCAAAAAGGAGUGGACAAAAAGUUGUGGGAUAACAGCGUGCUCGCGAUGAACCGAGUGUUCACAAAGAUAGACACAAUAGCAAAAAAAGACCACUAG